CGAGAGAGAGAGGAGCUAGUGAGGUUCAGUGAGUCGUAUCUCUGGGUAGAGCUCCUUUGCCUGGAGAGGCAGCCGAGGUGCGCCUGAGCAGCGAGCCCUCUGAUUGGCUGAGGAGGAUGCAGUUUGCCCCCCCUCUCCUUCUCCCAAUUGCUUUAGAAGAGGAGAGGGGGGGAGAGGAGCUGAGUAGCAGGCACAGAGCACAGAGCACUAACACGGAGUAGAGAAUCAAGCAAGCUCUUUCUCGACCCAGUCUCACUCUACGCAGCACAGGGAGACAACACAAAGAGCUACAUCAGAGAGCCAUUCUGCUACUACAGCACCACAGUCUGCUCUUGGGCUUCAGCGUUCAACCAGUUCUUCAGUUAUCCUCUCGGUGCACGGUAGAGCUGUCUGGAGACCUGUAACCUCUGCCAGAAGGCGACUUGACUCAGGUGAUCAGUGGGUGAUCAGUGGGUGAUCAGUGACCAUGGGUAGGCAGGGGCAUGAUGCCACUGCAGCGGCUGGCGCCCCGGGGUCCGGGGUGCGCAUGCAGCGUUCCCAGAGCAAGAUGAGCCUGUCUGCGUCGUUCGAGGCGCUGGCCAACUACUUCCCCUGCAUGAACUCUUUCGACGAGGAGGACGGAGAAGCCGGUGGGAAGAAGCUUCGRAGCACCGUGCAGAGGAGCACAGAGACGGGCUUGGCCGUAGAGAUGAGGAGCAGGAUGACUCGGCAGGCCAGCAGAGAGUCCACCGACGGCAGCAUGAACAGCUACAGCUCAGAGGGAAACCUGAUCUUCCCUGGUGUUAGGCUGUCCUCCGACGCCCAGUUCUCUGACUUCCUGGAUGGACUAGGCCCAGCCCAGCUGGUUGGACGACAGACGCUAGCUACACCACCCAUGGGUGACAUCCAGAUUGGAAUCGUGGACAAGAAAGGAGCGCUGGAYGUGGAAGUGAUCCGAGCCCGUGGCCUUGUGGGAAAACCAGGUUCCAAGGCACUGCCAGCACCAUAUGUAAAAGUGUAUCUUUUGGAAAACGGAGCCUGCAUAGCCAAAAAGAAAACAAAAGUAGCAAGAAAAACCUUGGAUCCCCUUUACCAGCAGCAACUGCCGUUCGAAGAGGCUCCUGGAGGGAAAGUUCUACAGAUCAUCGUAUGGGGAGACUACGGACGCAUGGACCAUAAAUCCUUUAUGGGAGCAGUUCAGAUACUUUUAGAUGAGCUGGACCUGUCUAACAUGGUGAUUGGCUGGUUCAAGCUCUUUCCUCCUUCCUCAUUGGUGGACCCUACCCUGGCCCCCUUGACAAGAAGAGCUUCCCAAACGUCAUUGGAUAGCCGGUCAUAGCAGUGUGUGGACUGAAAGCAUUGUUGUAGCAGCAGCACCCAGUGCUGAGGUUAAACAUGCUGCGACAGAAGGUCACGCCCCCGGUUACACU